AUGAAGGGGGGACCUGCUCCAGAAUUGGGUUGUUGCCACAAGACCGAGCCCCUGAGGAGCACAGGGAGUUCCCUGUCCCCCAGCCUGGACUUCCAGUCCUGCCAAGACGACCAGGUCUUCCCAGCCUGCAGGCCGCUUCCAGACACAGUGGACAUCCACGGCCCAUCCUGUGCCAGUUGGCUGUGCCCCCUGCCACUGACACCAGCCAGGUCUGCCCUGUUGGCCUGCCCCCGGAGCCUGGCUCUCUACCUAUGUCUGCAGCCGGCACCCCCGGGCACAGCCCCACAGGGCCUCAGAGAGGACUCCCAGAACACGAAACGCCAGUCACCAGGGCCACAUGCCAGCUCCACUGAUGACGACAAAUUCACAGCCACGUCCCAUCUGAGCAGGGAUAAGAUGGGAAGCCAGCAGGAACAAGCUGAUGAGGAGGCCCCCUGCCCGUCCUUCUCUCCCCACAACAGCUCUUCCCCAAACCCCUGGCAGAAUGGAAAGUGCUCCAGCUCCUUGGCUUUCUGCUCCUGCCCCCCACCCAUACCCAUCUCCAAAGAACGCCCAUUCCUCCUUCACCCCCUCUGCCCUGCAUAUCCACUUCUCCUGCCCCCACCUUAUCUGUUCACCUAUGGGGCCCCUUCUGUCCAAUGCCACCCUUUCUUCAUGUUGCCCCAAGAUACCUCCUACCCCACCAGGGCUCUGCCCAGUGUGCUGAUGAGUGUCAGUGAGCCUGGGCACCACAGCUCCUGGGGGGAGACCCUGUGUCCCUACCCAGGGGCCUCUCAAGCCUCUGUUCAAAUCCCAAUGUCCCAGGCCUCGAUUCCAGGCCCUGGAGUUGCCAGGACCUACUCCCCAGCGCCAGAGCAUGCUGGCAGGGCGGCUCCAGCAAAGCGGGCCCCACUGGGCUCCCAAGCAGCCCUGCCUUACCCGCUGAAGAAAGAGAAUGGCAAAAUCCUGUACGAGUGCAACGUGUGCAGCAAGAGCUUCGGGCAGCUCUCCAACCUCAAGGUCCAUCUGCGUGUCCACAGCGGGGAGCGGCCGUUUCAGUGUGCCCUGUGCCAGAAAAGCUUCACCCAGCUCGCCCACCUGCAGAAGCACCGCCUGGUGCACACUGGGGAGCGGCCCCACAAGUGCCUGACGUGCCACAAGCGCUUCAGCAGCUCCAGCAACCUCAAGACGCACCUGCGCCUGCACUCAGGGGCCCGGCCCUUCCAGUGCAGUGUCUGCCCGAGUCGCUUCUCCCAGAACGUUCACCUGCAGCUGCACCAUCGGCUGCACGCUCCACUGCCCUGCAGCCUGGCUCAUCCCCACCUACCUCUGGCAUCUCUCACCUGCCUUGCCGGGUGGCACCAAGGGGCACUAGAUCUUGUGAUGAUGCCAUCAGAGAGGCAGGUGGGCCAGGAAGCUGACAAGAUUAAGGUGUCCUCAGCAUCGGGGAAAGCAAGGGCAGCCAGCCUGAGCAGUGGUGUCAGGACUGCUCUCGGGAGGGGCAGGGGCAGAGCGAUUAAAGGAUUUUCUCUAUAACCAGUUGAGGCCUCUUGAGCUUCAACAGUGGAGGGGGAAGCCG